AUGGCCUAUGCUGAGGAAGACAGAAAUAGCUAUGAGGUGUAUAAGGAAACAGCAGAUUGGUUACGUGCCCGCACCGUCCAACGCCCGAAGAUUGCCAUCAUCUGCGGAUCUGGACUGGGAGGUCUGGCUGAUGCACUGGAUAACAAGACAGUCUUUCCUUAUGAGGACAUCCCUCAUUUCCCCCGGAGCACAGUUGCAGGGCACGCUGGCAGACUGGUGUUUGGGGAGCUGAACGGACAGCCCUGUGUGUGCAUGCAGGGACGCUUCCACUAUUACGAGGGACACUCUGUCAGCGCGGUCGCCUUUCCCAUCAGGGUCUUCUUUCUCCUGGGGGUGGAGAUCCUGAUUGUCACAAAUGCUGCUGGGGGACUGAAUCCCCACUUCCAAGUGGGGGACAUCAUGCUCAUAAGAGAUCACAUCAGCACGUUUGGCUUGGGGGGACAGAAUCCGCUGCGUGGACCCAACGAUGAGAGGUAA